AUGAUCUUUAGCUCACAAGCAUUACUACUACUCCUGUCGCUGACAGGUAGUGCUUACGGCGCGCCACAAAUCAAGUAUGCCGGUAAUCAAGGUCCGAUCGCCGGCGUCGGGUCGUCGUCCGUCGCCGAGGUGCAAGCCCCGAUAGGCUCCCUCCGCGGCGACAGCAGCCUCCUUGGCGGCAACGCCCCGAUCCCCGACACCAGCCAAUCCAGCGCCGACGUCUCCGACCCUACACUGGUCGCCGGCCAGGGCGCCGACGCCGACCUCGGCCUGUACCUGGACCUCGACAGCGUCGCCCAGCCGGAGCCCUUCCGCGGCGACCACGGCAGCAGCGCCGCCGCCGCGCGCACGUACGCCUACGAGAAGCUCAACCCGGACGUGUUCGCGCCCCCCGGCACCGACGCCGGCAGCGUGCCCAACGCGGUGUGGCCCAUGGGCCUCUCGCACAACCGCCUCGGCACCGGCACCCGCUCCGGCUGGGCGCGCCAGCAAAACACCGACGUCCUGCCGGGGGCCACCGCCAUGGCCGGCGUGGACAUGAAGCUCGCGCCGCACGCGUACCGCGAGCUGCACUGGCACACGGCCGCCGAGUGGGCGCUCGUGCUCGAGGGCUGCGUGCGCGUCGCCGCCGUCGACGACGAGGGCCGCUCCUUCACCGACGACCUGUGCGCCGGCGACGUCUGGUUCUUCCCCGCCGGCGUCCCGCACUCCAUCCAGGCGUUCGAGAAGGGCGUCGAGUUCUUGCUGGUGUUUGACCAGGGCGACUUUGACGAGAACGGCACCUUUCUGGUGUCGGAGAUGUUUGCGCGCACACCAACCUCCGUGCUGGCCAAGAACUUCGACGACGCCCCGGUGGAGGCGUUCAGGGACCUCCCCAAGAAGGAGCUGUACAUCUUCAACGGCACGCCCCAGCCAAGGGACAUUCGCGAGCAGACGGUGACGGGCCCGGCGGGCGGGGUGCCGCCGGAGCGCGCGUACACGUACCACUGGUCGGCGCAGGAGGCGUGGGAGGCGCCGGGGGGCACGGUCAAGAUCCUGGACCCGACGACGUUUCCGGUGGCGGCGGGGUUCUCGGCGGCGCUGGUGACGGUGCGGCCGGGGGCGAUGCGGGAGAUGCACUGGCACACGUCGUCGGACGAGUGGGACUACUUCCUCCGGGGGUCCGGCCGGGCGACGGUGUACAGGGCGCCGGACGCGGCGCGCACCUUUGACUUUACGGCCGGCGACGUCGGGUACGUGCCGCGGGCGGACGCGCACUACGUGGAGAACACGGGCACGGAGGACCUCGUGUUUCUCGAGGUGCUGCAGGCGCCCAAGUUCACCGACAUUUCGGUGGCGCAGUGGCUGGCGCUGACGCCGAAGCAGACGGUCAAGGAUCACCUGAACCUGCCGGACUCGUUGCUGGAUGGCAUUCCCAAGCAGAAGACGCUCCUGAAGCAGGGGAAUACAAACAUGACUGCGCUCGCUGGAUGA